AUAUUUCUGGUCGGACCUCUUCAGCAUGACAAACAAAAUUAGAAAUAAACAUUUGUGAAAUUCAAGUUUAAAAAAACCUAUAGACCUUGCAAAACGCACGUAAUAUUAAAAUUCAAACUAAAUAUUUAGUGUUACAGCUGCGGCGUCCAUACGCCAUGCAUUCAGAGUGAAGUCGCUGUUUAUUUUCACACAGACAGCGGUUUGUUUUGGUUUCAUUUCUUCUGAAUAUCACUGUGUUUAAAGAUGGCAGGACUGGAGCUGCUCUUCAACUGCGUAGCAAACUCUAUAACCUGUUCCCAAGAUGCUCUGAUUUGUUUUGUACACUGGGAAAUAGUGAAAAAUGGCUAUAAAUGUCUGGGCAUUGGAGAUGAGCCUAAAGAUGGAGAGAAGAAGUCAGAACUGCUUCCACCCGGCUGGAGUGAAAGCAAGGAGCUGUACGCACUCAGAUACAGAUCAAAUGAUGACAAGUCAAACCUGCUGCUCAAAGCCUUCACGGUGGAUUCAACCCUGAUCUUCAAUCUAAUGGACUCCACGACAGAAAAAGUAACCGAUCUCACAGUUAACGUCAGUGAGUAUGUUGAUGAAGCCAAUCUGCAGACUUUUGAAAGUGUGUUUAAGAACACAGACGAGCUGAUCACGAAGCUAAAGUCCUCACUGCUGCCCCCUAAAAAAGAGGAGCGUCAAGGAAAGACGGAGAAGAAGACAAAAAGCGAAAGAGUCUCAAACUUAAGGGACCCUCACAGUGAUCCUCUCCUGAUCCCGACCAGAGGCCCUCCAAGCAGACACCCACCCAACUGGCCUGACCCGAUGGCUCCAUUUGCUGCAGGCGGUGCCGAUCUGGACCCUUUCGGGGGAAGAGCAGGAGGGAUGAUCGUCGAUCCAUUACGUGCCGGGUUUCCUCGCUCAGGGUUUGACCCCUCCUCUGGUAUUCCUGGAGUCCUUCCUCCCGGCGCUGUGCCCCCUGGUGCCCGCUUUGACCCCUUCGGGCCAGUUGGGCGACACAGGCCUGGGUAAGAGCUUUAAUGGGAUCUUUACAGU